CGUGUCAAUCGAUUACCAAAAGUUAUCGUCUGUUUCGUCAAAACCGAUGACCCGGUAUUGACUGCACACACCUCUAACAGUGUGUUUGUGAUGUAAUGCACUUUCAGUAGAAAUGUUUGUUUGAUUUAAAUUUACUGUCAAUUGAUUUGUCGCUCGACUUAUGGUUUGAUUAAUUGAUUGUCAUUUCAAAGACAACAGUGAAGACAGUGACCAAACUUACCGAAGAUGUCUACGAGAAGAACUAAAAUGCAAUUUAAGCCCAAAGUGGCGAACCGUACGGUCAGUGUGGCCAACAAGAGUCCACAAAAAGUGACCACCGAUUGUAUCGACAAAUCCAACGAUUUGGUGGCCGAAGAACCCGCUAAAGAGCUGCAAAUUGAUUCCCAAGUGAAGACAGUACUGACACACACUUAUAACACACUUACCACUAAAAUAAUUAGAGUUUUAGAUGAAGAUAUUGAAACAAAAGAUGAUAAUAAAGACAAUAGCGUUGAAUUGUUGGACACCAUUGACCAGAUAAGUGAUAUUAAUGACAACAACAACAAACAAGUGACCGAUAGUGUGGUUGUUGAAGAAAUUACUCAAAACGUAACAAAAGAAUUACCGAUUGAAACGGAAGCCAACAAAUGUGAAACCGAUGACAAAUUGCAGAAACAAAUACAUCAAGAAAUCGAUGACAAUAACAACAAAAGUGUCGUAAAAGCAAUCAAAGAAACUAAUCGAAAACGAAAGACGUCUCGUAAACGAAACAAAUGCGAUAAGAAAGACAAGUCUAUGAUGACUAUGAAAGAUCUACUUCUUUAUAACCCACCGAUGACUGAACAACAAAAGGAAAUGCGAGACAAAGAUACAGAUGUAACUGAAACGCAAACCAAUGUUGAAUGCGAUGAAAACAAUGACACAAAGGAAGAUAAUAAUGAGUCGGAUGAGACAAAUGCUGGUCCGCGCGUUAAAGUUGGCGCCGAUGGACAGCUUAUUUUGGACGAAGAAUCAGUGAUCCUUAAGAGGAAAAGGAGAGAUACUAGCGAUACAGUCAUUGAAAAGGGUGGCACAACCUCUGCUUUUGUCAACUAUUCGUCUUUUAGAAACAAAAACAAAUCAUCAAAACCUCGAUGGACUGAACACGAGACCAUUCGCUUCUAUAGUGCUCUCAACACAAUCGGCACUGACUUUACACUCAUGUCUAACCUCUUCUUUAAAGACAAAAGAAGUCGUUUAGAUUUGAGAAAUAAGUUUAAGAAAGAAGAGAAAAUCAAUAAAGCGAUGAUCGACGAGGCAUUGUUCUCACCAAACACUUUCAUCAAUCAGUGCUCACAACUCGAUGAACUACUCAAUGAGUCUUCAUCUGAUUCAGACAUUGAAGACAAUAAUGAAUCCAAUAAACAAAGCAUAGCUAAUACUUAGUUUUAAACAUUGAAAUUAAUUUAAAUAUAAAUUGUUUGCAGCAAAUAAUUGUUAUAUUUUGUAAAUUAUAUCAAUAAUGUAUUUAAUAUGUUUAUAUCGUAUAUACUGUAUAUUUCUAAUUCC